AGUGUCCCGGGUUCAGCCACGGGGUCUCGGUCUUCUAGCUUGCCUGGCGGGGGCGGGCAGGGCGAUCCCCGAGGCGGCCGCCGCAGGGUUCCUCCGGUCGUGCUGGGGACUCAUCGCUCCGGCGCUCCGGGUAACGCGCGCGGCACUGCGCGUGCGCCUGGGAGCCCGCGCCCCUCCCCCGGCCCCAGCCAGUUGCAGUGGUCUGCUGGGCUGCCUGCCUCUUACUGCGCCCCGCCGCUGGCGCCCCCGCCGCCGCCGGGCGAGCUCAGCGCGAGCGCAGCUGGCCCUAGCGAAGCAGAUGACGGAACGAGCGCUGGCGGGAGGAGGAGGCCGCUGCCAGCUCGAGAGGGUCCCGGGGUGGGAGCGGAAUCCGCCGCAGCCGCAGCCCCUCCUCUUGCUUGCCUCGCCGUCCCUCCCAGCCGGCUGGGAAAUGGGACCAAUAUGAGUCCCGAGCUGCCGCCGGAGAAAGAAGAGCAGGCGGUGGCAGCUGCGGCGGCACCCGCGGCAUCAGCGGAGGAGGAGGAAGGAGGCGGCAUCUGCAAAAAGAGAAGUAGCCGCAUUAUGCUGGUGAGGAGGAUCGGCGCGAAGCUGGGGGGCAGCAGCUCGCAUCAAGGUAUUGGCCAUCCUAGUGUAUACCAUGCAGUUGUUGUCAUCUUCCUUGAGUUCUUUGCUUGGGGUCUGCUUACAACUCCUAUGCUCAUAGUCCUACAUGAAACAUUUCCUCAACAUACUUUCCUCAUGAAUGGUCUCAUUCAGGGUGUGAAGGGACUGUUAUCCUUUCUGAGUGCCCCCCUUAUAGGUGCUCUGUCUGAUGUAUGGGGAAGAAAACCUUUUCUUCUAGUUACAGUUUUCUUCACAUGUUUCCCAAUUCCAUUAAUGAGAAUAAGCCCAUGGUGGUACUUUGCUAUGAUUUCUGUCUCCGGAGUUUUUUCGGUUACUUUCUCUGUAAUAUUUGCAUAUGUAGCUGACAUUACUCAAGAGCACGAGAGAAGUACAGCCUAUGGAUUGGUAUCUGCCACAUUUGCAGCAAGUUUGGUAACCAGCCCUGCUAUUGGAGCAUAUCUGUCUGCCAGCUAUGGAGAUAACCUGGUUGUGCUUGUGGCCACAGUGGUGGCUCUCUUGGAUAUCUGCUUCAUCUUGUUAGCUGUCCCGGAGUCUCUGUCUGAAAAAAUGAGGCCUGCUUCUUGGGGACCUUCAAUUUCAUGGGAGCAGGCAGACCCUUUUGCGUCUCUGAAGAAAGUGGGAAAAGAUUCCACAGUCUUGCUGAUCUGUAUCACUGUCUUUCUUUCAUACCUUCCUGAAGCCGGGCAGUAUUCUAGUUUUUUUCUCUAUCUGAGACAGAUUAUAGGUUUUGGAUCAGCUAAAAUUGCAGCAUUUAUUGCCAUGGUAGGAAUCCUGUCUAUUGUAGCUCAGACGGUAUUUCUUAGCAUCUUGAUGAAGUCAAUAGGAAAUAAGAACACUGUUCUCCUGGGGUUGGGUUUUCAGAUGUUCCAGUUGGCUUGGUAUGGUUUUGGAUCCCAGGCAUGGAUGAUGUGGGCAGCAGGAACUGUAGCAGCCAUGUCAAGUAUUACAUUUCCAGCGGUCAGUGCACUUGUUUCACGAAAUGCAGAGUCAGACCAGCAAGGAGUUGCCCAAGGAAUAAUAACUGGAAUUAGAGGUCUGUGUAAUGGCCUUGGACCAGCACUGUAUGGCUUCAUCUUCUUUUUGUUCCAUGUGGAGUUAACAGAAUUGGAAUCAGUUCAGAGUUCUAAAGAAAGUGCCAUUCAUGAUUCUGGCAGUAAGGGAGCCAUCAUUCCCGGCCCACCUUUCCUGUUUGGUGCAAUUGCAGUCCUCCUGGCUUUCCUGGUUGCCUUAUUCAUCCCCAGACACAGCAAAGCCAGCAGUAAUAGGAAGCACAACAGCAGCGUCAGUGGCAACCUGCCCACCAACCCAGAACGAGGCAGUGAUGAGGACAUUGAACCCCUGCUGCAAGAUAGCAGUGUUUGAGAACUCUCUUCUUAGGGGGAGACUGCACAUCCACGUCCUGAGUUGUGGACAUUGCAGAAGGAGGGAGCUACAGCAAGCUUACCACUCCAGAGAACUGUGGAAAGGGCUGAAAGAAUAUGAAAAUUAUAGGACCCUGUGGUGAUGAUAUUGACACCUUCCCAGGGCUGAGUUUUUGAGACUGAUCUUCACCCUCCCCCACUCCCCCCAUUCUGUUGAUAUAUUAGGAACAAGGUAAGAUUUGAAAUUCUUAUCUGCAAAUGAUAUGCACCUCUAAUGGUGGUCCAGAGCCCUAACCUUGAAACUCCAAUGUAAGGGGCACCUCUGUAGCAGAGAGAGGAGUUCGACUACCUUUAAAAGGAGAAAUGCAGUUAGUCAUGAUGACUACAACCUUUUGAAAUUGCUUGAAGCAAACCAUGCAGGCUUUAAAUUAGACUAUGUUUCCUUUACAAGAGACAGUUAAGGUUCAUUUCUGUGUUUCUGCUAGUUUCCUUGAAUGUAUAUCCCAUUCAGUCACGUGGUUUGGGGAGAGGGCUAAACUUUACAGUCACUUUUAGGAAGGGAAUCAUCUUAACAUCAGUUUGCAGUGUCUUUAUUUCAUCCUUCCCAGGUCUUGACUACAGCAAAAUUCAUCAUGCCAGUGGGCAGUAAUAAUACAGAGAGCAAUAAUGUUCUGUUUUCUAUGACAUAGAAAGAAAAUGUUCUUUAAAUAUAGAUCAUGUUGAACCACCAAAUUCAAAGUUUCAAAAAUGAUUUCAAAGGAAAAGAAAAGUCUUUACGUGGGCACACUGAAUAGAAGUUACUCCCUUUCCUCCAAGGCUCAGUAAAUGUGAACCUUCCUAACUGUGUGGGACAAAAUCACUGGGUGCUAAGGGAAUAUAUAUCCAAGUUUGCGCACACUUAUUACUCAGUUCCCUCUCCCCAUCUCCCUUACCUGACCUGUGAAGUCUUUGUUCCCAUUAAUUGCACUACUGCCUUAACUGCUCUGUGAUGUGCAUUUAUUAUCAUAUUUAGCUUUCAUAUCAGUCUCUUUAUCUCACUUGCUGAAUCUCAUGGGAACAUUCAUGUAAAAUUCCUUUCUGAAAGAGUGAUGCUUUAGUGGGCCUAGUUUCACUACAAGUCCCUCAGUAACUUUUGAGAUGUUUUAUGGGGGAAAAAAAUCUACACAAAUUUAUAUGUAUUUUGCUGCACCAUUAAAAGGACCAUUGAACAACAUCCUACUCUAAUGAAGCACUCCUAUGAAUGUUUUAUAUGUAUGAAAUAUAUGUAGAUAUUUGUAAGGAGUUUUAAUUUUUUUCCUGAUGGGGUGCUGUGUAAAUCUUGUAUUUAUAAAUGUAAUGAGGGUAUUGACUGAAAAAAAUAUAUAUAUACAGCUUUUAUAAACGAUUGUGUACUGACUGAAUACAUUUAAAAGAAAAAAAUAUAUUUUGAAACAUGUUCUGCCUUGAAAAGAGGUAACAGGCUUUUUGUACUCUGCUCUUGGUUUUUAAGUAAAUAAGCUUCCUAAUGCAUAAUAAAUUUACAACUUCAAUGUUUAA